AGGGGCUUGUACAUAAUAGUACUGUGCGCCGGACCAGCAUCAUCUUUCCAUCAUUGUUGCCCCUCGAAAGGGUCUCCGCAGAUGCAAAGGGCACGAUGCCUGAUGUGGUCUAGGGAUACGAAAGCGCCUUGGGUCGUUUCACUACCCCUGGCAAUCAGAUCCAGGCAGCGAUGCACUCUCCUCCACCUCCACCAUCACCGCGGUGUGCUGGAGGGAAACCCACCAAACAGGAUAAUGCUAUUCACUGAAACACUGACCCAAUCCCCAUUUCAACGCGAAGCGAAGCAAAGAACUACUACUACUAAUACUACACCCGAUACUCCAUACUACUUAAGAGGGGCUGACCAGCAAAGAUAACCCGGUUGACAGACUCACUAUUAGAAGAUCGGCGGUAAAUCGCACCAGGCCCGACUGCACCGUGACCCAGUUGCGGUCAAUGAUAGUCAGCGGUCCACUGAUGGGGGGGGAUUACUGGAACUGGCAAACCAGUCAGCGCGAGACAGCGACCUUUCUCCGUUCAUUAAGUUCCCAGGAUUUCCCAAUAUUAGGGAUUAUUCAUCGGCGGUGGCUGAGAUUCCCGACUUGUUGCUGGUUGCUGGUUGCUGCUGCACUUGUCACGGACUCACGGCAGAUCCAUAAGUGGGGUACGUACCCGAUUUGCCGCAGCCAAAUUUGCCCCGAACGAAAGGAAAUUAGCUGGUCUCUCAAAUUUUCCUCUUCCCUUUUCAAUUUAAUUCUUACUUGUGCUGUCUAUCCGCUCAUCACGCUCCUCAUCCGGAUUUCCCCCUUCCCCCUCGCACCUUAGUGGCCUCCUUUGCAUGAUGCUAAUCGGCAAACAGCGGGUAUUGCCACAAUUCACCAGCAUCGCUACUACCAAUGAAGUAUUGUCGAGCGAUGUCUGACCGUUGGUGGGUCAAUCUAGUUCAAUUCUCUCGAGCAAAUAACGCGUCCAGGAUUCUGUCAAACAGACGCUACCUGAGGAAUAAGUCAAAGCCAGCUGGA